UGCUGUACCUUACUAAGAAGCUUGCAUGGCUGCUUAUUACAGCUAUGGUCUUACAAUGUAAAGGAGAACAUGAAAUGGACAUUUGUCAACUAUGCAUUUGCCAACUGAGAGGCUCUGUCUAUUGCAACCAGGUUUUCCUCAGAGGAAGGCAAUGGCACCACUUCCACACCGAGUAUUUCAAAGCACCGCAAUCUAAACAUGCACCAACUCCACCCCAAGAACCACUACCUGUCCACUUCCGCAGCAUCAGGAACAUAACCUUGUUGGACCUGUCGAAAAAUGCUUUGAGUUCAAUUGAAGAAUCUCUGUUUGAAGACUUCAGAUAUCUUCAAACGCUUCACCUUAAUGAGAACAUCCUUCAGAGCAUCCCUUUGUUUCACAGGUCUACAUCGCUACGUGCAUUGCAUAUGGAUUUUAAUGCUGUUCAUUCCAUUCCGCUGCCUUUUCAUCUUGAUGUUCCUAACCUUGAGACUCUGACAUUAGGACACAACAAACUUCGUCAUGUCCAAGGAAAGCACCUACCACGAAACCUUACAUACAUCUCAUUCGAAGGAAAUUUGAUACGCACCAUCACUCCUGAAGCAUUAGCUGGGUUGAAUCGGCUUCAGUCAGUCAAAUUCUCAAAUAAUCAAAUAUCCUUUAUUGCAGCAAAGACAUUUUCUCUCCCAUUCCUCAAGGUUGUCCUAAUCAGUGGAAAUCGCAUCUCCGUCAUCGAAAAGAAUUCCUUUCCAAAUUCACUAAAAAUAAUCAGAUUGAAGGAUAACAAACUAACAGAUUUUUCUGCUCUAAAUGCUUGUGAGCAUCUGCAAGAUGCUAUUCUCGAUGACCAACACAGAGACAAGUCCCCUCAGGACAUUCCUUUUCUACCUCGAUUGGACUGGUUAUCUCUGUCAAAUAUCAAUGGGAACUCGGCCGUUGCUUCUAUCCAGAAGAAGGCACCACGUCUUGUUUCACUCACUCUCAUCAAUGGAAACAUUCCGCAUCUGCAUCUGACAGAUUCAUCCAUGUUGCUUCAACUCAUCCUCACCUCAAAUUCAAUUAAAACCGUUGGGAAUAUGUCAACGAUUCCGCGCCUGAUUAUCUUGAGCAUGAAGGGCAAUUUCCUACAAGGUAUCCCAGAUAUCUCGGGACUUCAUACACUCGAAGAACUUAAUCUGUCUUUCAACAAAAUCAGGUACAUGUCUGCAAUGGAUUUCAUGAACUUGAAUAAGUUAGCAUCUCUCUCGCUCUUGGCUAACCAAAUAGUCUGCAUUGAAGGCUCCUUUCGUAACUCCAAACUUUCCUUGAUAGACUUAAGAAGUAAUCAAAUUGCAAGGGUUGAUCCAGAUGCAUUCUCUUCCUUACAUUUAUCAACAUUACACCUUGAUCAUAAUCAGAUAGAGACCACUUCAAUCAUGACUUACAACAGCCACAUGGCUUACCUAAAUUAUGCUUAUAACAGAAUAUCCCUUCUUGGACAUCUGUCAUUGACUGGUCUUUUUCAUUUAGACCAUAUAGAUUUUUCAAACAACGUGAUAUCACACAUUACAGGCAUGUCAUUUCUGCCACGUUUAGAAUUCCUCAUACUUGACUACAACCCUAUAGUGGUCAUUGACUACUCUGCAUUCCUAAACUUACCCCAGUUGAAAUUUUUAUCAAUGCAAUAUUCACACGUUGUCUCCUUCCCUGAAAUGCAGAGAACACUCAGUCUGCAUAACCUAAUUCUCACAGGGAAUAAUCUGACAAGCAUUCCAAAGAAUCUAAGCCAUAUUUUUCCUAAUCUUGACUACCUUGAUCUCAUUGAUAAUCAGAUAGAAGAAUUUCAUUCAGACACAUUUUUCAAUUUGGAAAAACUAGCUUAUCUAGGGUUUUUAGGAAAUCCUCUGAGAGACUUUCAGGCAGAAUGCCCAUUGACUGUGAAAUCAACGAGAUUCAUUCAUUUCAGUCUGGGGUCUGAUAUUACUCAAUCGAUAUCGACUUGUUUCUUUAACAUCUUCAAGAAAGGUAAGAACAUUCGCAUUAAAGGUUCAAAAAAUCUGGUUCUGCCAAGUGAUAUCCUAUGUGAGCAACACACAAAAAAACAUGCAAUUUCGCUAACUGGCAUCCAGAUAAAUAAAUUUACAGAUGACGAUUGUUUGCUGCUUACAUAUCAAAAUGAAACCAAUGCCCAGUGGUCAUUGGUGAAUCAUACCUUCAGGACAAUUGUACAAGAUGAUGAAGCACCUAACACAGUUAUAUUAGUUCUAUCAGAUGUCAAAAUGAAUGGAUUCAAUAAGAAUGGCACGUAUUUACUGUAUGCAGCCAGAAUCACAUCUUUGACCUAUUCCGAUAGUAGUCUUCUGACGCUGCCUAGAAUCCAUGCUCCUAUGGCCAGCUUUCUCGAUAUCAGUAACAAUUCGAUCCAGGAAUUUGAUGUCAAUGACUUUUCCUCCCUGUUUCCCAAAGUUGAGACUUUGGUGUUGUCUCAUAAUCGCAUUAAAGUGCUAUCGAACUGCAGAUCAACCAACGGCUUGUACCAUCCCCUUCGUAUUUUGGACCUUUCAGGAAACAAUCUCUCCAGGUUUUCCGGCUGGCUAUGCAGAUCCGGUUACCCAGGGUUCCCCUCGCUAAAAAUUUUACAUCUGGAGGAUAAUGCUUUAGAGGAAAUCCCAAUGAGUCUUAUUCCAGUCAGCCAUCCCACGAAACCUCCAUACAAGCUAGCGUUGUACCUCCAAAGAAACCCUAUCAGGUGCGACUGUAGGCUUCGAUGGUUGAUCGACACGGAGGAUCAGUUCAAUAUUCAGAGUACCUGCACCGAUCCAUUCGCAGAGAACCGCAGCAGUCUGGAGUCCUUGAUAGAUGGUGGCUUUCCAUGUCCCUUAACCCUUCUGGGCCAUGAAUUCUGCAGUGUUACCAACAGCUCCACAAUACUCCUAACCUGUCCUGUAACCUCCUAUCCUGACCCAAUCAUCCAAUGGACCUUUAUGCCUACAGAACAAAACAAUACCCAAGAACCUCCAUCUGAAGCUCUCACAUCUUCAAAUCCAUCAAGGCGGAGUCUCGAGCUUAUCCCGACCCCUAAUAAGACUGAAACCAUAGCAUUGGUGUGUGUUGCCACAGCUCAUGGAGAUGCUGUGGAAAUUGAUUUCAGCAUACAUCUAGCUUGGGAUACGGGUAGUUCAGCAGAAGCAUGGAACAUGUCGUGUUCCUAUCAGGUGCGCAACGCUGUUACGGUCACAACUGCCAAUAGAUGUGCGAUCCAGGAGAGUCUAACUACGGAACCUACUGCUUCAUCAGCCACCCACAACAGGAUAGUAUGGACACAGAGUAAAUAUUGUUCCAUCAAGAUUUACUUACACAUGCUUGUUACUCUGUUAGUGAAUGUUAACCUGCAUCAUGUCUAAUAUAACCAUUUGGUGUUUGUUGUUAAUAGUGGAUGGCCCGAGUGAUCGAAAGAUUUGAAUUAAAACUAAGUAUCUGAAGAGCCAGAAGAUUACCAUGUAAGAUACCUUUUCUGUCGGCUAAAGUGUGUUGGUAACUGGAUGAAACUGUUUCAUUUUAUGUGAAGAAAUGGUACUAACCCAUUGAAUACCAAAUUCCGUAAUUCUCAUCAUUGUACAGGUAUCAUCACCUGUUUCCAGUUGACAACGGAUUAACAGAACUGUAUUAAAUUGUCACUUGUAUUCAUUUGAGUCUUCUUUUAAUAGACGGGCAUUUUUAUUUUUUUCUUUUUCAAAUUGCUCGUAUAAAGAAAAUGACAUCAAUUUAAUUGGUAUUGAAGACCUUUUUUUUUUGCUCGUCUAUUUUUCCUGGAGCAAAUGACCUCAAUUUGGUAGUAAAGACCUUUUUUUAGGUUGUCAAAAUUUUCCCGUACAAAAUGCCCCCCCCCCCCCCACUAUGGAAAAUCCUGGAUCCACCCCUACACUACCUUCAAGCUCCAAUGAAGCAAAAAGUGCUUGGAAGCUUCAAAGGCUCCAUUAAGCAUUAAUGACGUAACAGACCCCCGCACGGUUCGUGGACGAGCCAUGGAUACUAAAACCAUUUGCACUCUAAGUGAUACAGACACUCAACAUAAUGUUCCUUUGCAGAAAUUAAUUGCUAAGCAUGUAUUAGAUUCUGUGAGUAUAAUAGUAUUCAUGAUGGUAUACAUGUAGCUAUUGUUGUAACCAGUGAACACAUCUAGACUGUAGUGACUGCUGAUAUGGGACACACUGUUAAAAUGCUUGGUUAAUACAUGUAAGCGUUUUUGUCACGAAAGUAUAAAAUGCACGUCGUCAAAAUGUUUUAUGUCUUUAUUCUAAGAGUUAUCCAGUUCGAGACAGAUUAGCAUAUUUUAGCAUCUACUUCGCAGACACUUUCUGCAACGUUCAGAAUUCUAUUGAAAAUGCCUGUCAAAUCACAACGGACAGAUUAGAGGUCAUUGUCGAAAGUUGGUGGACCGGGACAGCACAUCAUCUUAACAUUCGGACCAGACGAAAAACUGCAAAUACGUUGUUUGUCCAGAGUCCACGACAACAUUGCUGUUUUUUUAAUUGAAUUGAAGGUUUUAUUAUCAUUUCAUCGCAGCCAGUGGCUGAAUUGAGAAAGAUUUACAAAGUAAAAACAUAAUAUAUAAACAUAAACAGUGAAAUAUUUGAAGUAAAUCAUAACCGCAACAAUAUUGAAAGUAAACAGAUAUUUUUUAAAAGAAAUGUCCAAUAACCAAUUAAUAUUCUAGUAAAAUUUGGAGACAUGAUAAACCAAUGCAUAUAAUAGAAACUUAUAUAUAGUUCUACUUGAAGUUGAAAUUGUUAGUAUAAAGAAUAGUGUUUUAAGAAAUAAAUUGUAAAAAUUUGAAUAUCGUGUAGAAAGUUAUGGAAAAAUUGCAAAAAUAAAGGUUUCACGGAGUGCAUAGUUGAGUAGCCUUGUAUUCUCGAAAAAUUCUAGUAAUUUAACAUAAUUAGAUGAAUUCAAACAAAUAUGAAAAUAAUGCAGCAACAAUUUAAAAACUUUAAAAACUGAAAUAUACAUUCAAAUUUAUGAAAGAAGUUUAUAUUAAGAAAAAAAUAGGCUUGAUUGGGGUACAUGGUGAAGAUUCAUUAUAAACCCGAAAUUACCUCAAAGUU